AGGCUGGUACCGGCCAGACCGCGCCCUGCGUCCCGUCCGCGCUCAGGUAUCAGGUGAAACUGGCCGGGCGUGCGGGAGCAGGAGCCGUGGCCGGAGCGUGGCUGGAGGAUGGCGGGGCGCCCCGGGCUGUACCCGCUGCUGCUGCUCUGCGCGCUGCUGGGAGCUGCCGCUCUCCCGGAGAGUAGUGGAACCAGCAGUUCAAAGGGAAGAAGUUUUGCUGGCCAGAAAGUUCCAAAUACAAAUAAUGCUUCAGAAGAGUUAUACAAAGUGGAUGAAUUUGCAGCAAAAGUCCUCACAGGAAAGCUGACUACAGUUUUUCUUCCCAUUGUCUAUAUCAUUGUCUUUAUCAUUGGUUUACCAAGCAAUGCCUUGGCCCUCUGGGUCUUUUUUUUCCGAACAAAGAAGAAACAUCCAGCUGUGAUUUAUAUGGUUAACUUAGCAUUGGCAGACCUUCUUUUUGUUGUCUGGUUCCCGCUGAAGAUUGCCUACCAUGUAAAUGGCAAUAAUUGGCUAUUUGGUGAAGGUCUCUGCAAAGUACUUGUUGGAUUUUUCUAUGGAAAUAUGUACUGUUCCAUUCUGUUUAUAACAUGUCUCAGUGUGCAACGAUAUUGGGUUGUAGUAAACCCCAUAGUGCAUUCAAGAAAGAAAUCUGAAAUUGCCUUGGGCAUCUCCAUUGCUAUCUGGAUAGUGAUUUUGUUGGGGACCAUUCCAUUGUAUCUUAUAAAUCAGACAGUAUAUAUUUCAAAUCUUAACAUCACUACCUGCCAUGAUGUGUUGCCUGAAAAUGUUUUGGCUCAUGACAUGUUCAGUUAUUUCCUUUCACUUGCAAUUGGACUUUUCUUAAUCCCAGCUCUCCUCACGGCUGUUGCUUACAUACUAAUGAUUAAGACUCUGAAUGCUUCCAUCUCAGAUGUAAGCACUGGGAAGAAACGAAAAAGAGCAAUCAAACUCAUUGUUGCUGUCCUGUCUAUGUAUCUCAUCUGUUUUACACCUAGCAAUGUGCUGCUUAUUGUGCACUAUUUGCUGCUCAAAACCUACAGCCAGAGCUAUCUGUAUGUGGUGUACAUAACUGCACUGUGUCUUUCUACUUUGAACAGUUGUAUCGAUCCAUUCAUCUAUUACUACAUUUCAAAAGAUUUCAGAGACAACCUUAAAAAUGCUCUUCUUUGCCGAAGUGUGCGAACUACCCGGAGGAUGCAAGUGUCUCUCUCAUCAAGCAGACACCUCAAGAAAUCAAAUUCUUACUCUUCAAACUCAAAUGGGACCACUAAAUCAACCUACUGAGUUUAGUCCUAGAAGAAAAGUGAACUUUUAGUGCUACUGCUGAAAGGGUGUAAGUGACAAGAGAGUUGUUUUGUACAAGAGUCUGAAGAAAUAUCUUUGCUGUUUAAUUAUGUUGAAGCCUGGAUUUCAGAACUGGCAGCUGCUUACCCUGUGUAGAAAUGGCAAACAGGUAAAUGUUCCCACAAGACUGGAAAAAAAUUACUACAUUUCCAAUGAUCUGCAGAAACACUGCUGACUUUGAAAGUGAGUUGUGUUUGGAGGCAUUUUCAUUCCAUGUCAAAUGUUACGUAGUGUUGCUAGUGUAUUUAAUUAGCAGAGGAAUCUUGUAUGGCUUUAACUGUUGUGUAUUAAACAGUUGAACAGAUUGUGUAUGUGGGAACUUUCUCUCUGUACCUGCUUACACUGAACAUUGUUUGAAACCAUAGAGAGAAGGGAGAAUGUUUCACCAUCUUUGUGUUUGUCCAGCAACAUGACUGCUUAUUAUCUUUAGUAUAAUGUAAUUUUGUUGUUUUCCAAGUUUUCAUGUUGUGAGUACUAAAUGGCAGAAGCCUGUAAGGUUAUCCUGUUGAAUUGACAGGCUGAACUUUUUAUCAUACUAGCUAGCACCGAGGUAAAAUGUUAGUUCAGAUUGUACACUGUUAGUUAAUGCUUGCCCAUACAUGAUCUUAACUGGGGAUAUAUUUAACAAAGUUUUGAUUAAUAGCUAUUUGGUUUUUAUAUAAUGUGCCGUGUAUUUUUUAAGAUACUUAAAUAAGAUCUUUUUUAAAUAACA